AUGCACCAUAGUUUUUUCAAUACAACAUCUGCCCUCCUAUCAACAAUUUCACUAUGGUUUAAAGAAGUUGAUGAAUGUAACUACGUCAUUGUACGUUACCUUGAUUCAAGCACUCGAUUCCAUCUCUCUUCCCCUUCUCUUUAUAAUAAAACGAUCAAAGGAUUCGAUGGAUGCCUUCUCAAUUUUCUAAAAUCCUUCCCAACGGGACGACUGCAAUUAAUGGGAAUAAAUGACGUGAGCUCGCGUACCUAUCUCACUACAAGUGGGGUUUCCUAUGGAUCUCUCAUGCUCUUGCUCUUCACUGACGAUCUACCCAGAUGUCUGUCAGAAGCAGUAAGCUGUUCACUAUUUGCCAAUGACUCUAAAAUAUCGGUGCUUAAUAAUUGUAAACUACUGCAAAAUGCCUUAGAUGCAGUUAAUGAAUGGUCAAUAAAGUGGAAAGUGGAAAUAUUGCCCGAGAAAAUAUUUGCUGUAAAAAAGGAAAAAAGAAAACGAGAUCGAUUUCAGAAAAAAGAUCCAAGAGUGAAUUUAAAUCCCGACGACUACAUAGUGACCUUGGAGUCACUUAUACUGAUACCUUCGACUACAGCUCAUACAUCCAUGCAUCAGUGCUCAAGGCCAGAAGAAGGGCUAAUUUUAUCCUCAAAGCUUUCCAAAUUCGCGACCCUCCCUUACUCUUCAAGCUAUUCACGACUUAUGUGA